UCAAGGUCUUGGCUUCAACUUUCACAUCCGAAAACCGAUCCCUAAAGGAAGAGCAGCGCUGGAGGCAACCGAAGACCAGCAAGUUAUGAACUGCGAAGUCGAAAGCAGCACUGAUCCAAGCCUUGCCCAAGCUGUCAACAUUAAGUUCAACAGGAGAAUCCCAAAGAGGUUCCCAUAUAACCCAACGUGGACUAAGACAGAAAUCUUGGGUCCAAAGGCCAAUUGAUGAGACUGGCAGAAACCAAGUAAAGGGGAUCAGAUAGAACCUUUGUGGUUGGAGCCUAAAAUCAUAAAGCCGGAAAUCCGCCAUGAACUAUCUUUUCAUUUAUAGUUUAGUUAGGAGGAAUAAGCAAUAAUAGUAAUAAAAAGUAGGUUAUUGAUUAGUAGGUUUUGAUUAGAGGAGAUAGAGGUGCUUAUAUUUACAGAAAAACAAAAAUGGAGCCUCUAUGUGAGUUUUGUGGGGUGGUAAGGGCAGUUGUCUACUGUAAAUCGGACUUGGCUCGCCUUUGCUUGCACUGUGAUGGUUGCGUGCACUCAGCGAACAUUUUGUCACGCAGGCAUCCUCGCUCACUUCUAUGUGACAAGUGUAAUGCUCAGCCUGCAAUGGUCCGAUGCAUGGAUGAGAAGUUGUCCUUAUGUCAAAGCUGUGAUCAAUGGAAACAUAACAAUGGAGAUACAACAACAGGGAUGGGAGGGCAUAGGACACAUGCAUUAACUUGUUACACGGGUUGCCCUUCUUUGUCUGAGUUUUCGAGAAUUUGGUCUUCGGUUCUUGAUGGAUCUUCUUCAAGUGGUUUUGAGACUAAUGGUGGUGGCGGCGGCGGAAAUAAUAAUUGGGACCAGUCACUUGGAUCAGCUCAAGUGCCAAUAAAUGAUCAGACUAAUUGCAUUGGUAAUGCUUUGGAACGUAGAGAUAAUAGUGAGAGAUCAUUUGGGGUUGUGACUAGCAAGUUGAGUGGAUCACUAGAUCAGUCUUCUUGUGCCAAGUUUGAGCCCUGGAUGGCCAGAUCUACUUUAAUUUCAGCGAAUCCGAAUGGCAUCCCUCAAGGUAAUAAAGAUCAAGCACCUUUCUUGCCACAGGAAUCUAGCCUGUCAAAGGGUUGUACAAAUUUUAAAGAUCUUGCAAUUCAGGAUAGCAAUGAUCUAUGUGAUGGCCUCAACAUUGAUGAUGUUCCGUUGAACUUUGAAAAUGCUGAAGGGAUAUUUAGCUGUCCACAAGGUCCUUCCAGAUACCAGUUUGAGGAUGGAGAAAUGGAUUGCCUAUUGAUGGAGAAAAACUUAUCAGUUACAGAGUCUAAUGGUCCAAAUGACAAUGCUGUACAGGCAUCAUCUUCAGGACCACAAGACUGCGUGGCUUUUCAAUCCUCUUGUGGAUCAGAUAAUGUGAUGCCUGCCAUGAACGGUAGUGCAAACUGCUUACUCAUGAAUCCUACUUGCAGCAGAAACAUCAAUCUGGGAUUUCCUACCGGACAAGUUCAUUCGAGCAUGUCGCUUUCGCUGUCCAGCAUGAGCAGGGAAAGCAAUCCUGAUUAUCAAGAUUGUGGUCUGUCGCCCAUAUUUCUAACCGGAGAGCCUUGGGACUCAGCUAUGGAGGCUAGCAGUCCACAAGCAAGGGACAAGGCAAAGAUGAGAUACAAGGAAAAAAAGAAAACUCGCAUGUUUGGUAAACAAAUAAGAUAUGCCUCUAGGAAGGCCAGAGCUGAUACUAGAAAACGCGUCAAGGGGAGAUUUGUAAAAGCUGGUGAAGAAUAUGACUAUGAUCCCCUAGUGACGAGGAACUUCUGAGGCAUAUCAGAAAAAAUCUCUCUUUAAUUGCAAGACAAGGCCUGAUUGGAUAGAGGAAGUCCUCCGGCAGCCGUGCGUGCGUGCGUGCAUCAUGUCCCUGUA